AUGGGAAAGUCAGUUUCUAAAUUAUCAAAAGAAGACUUGAAAAAGCUUCGGGACGCAACUUAUUUUGACAAACGAGAGCUUCAGCAAUGGUACAAGGGUUUUUUACGAGAUUGCCCUUCGGGACAACUAUCAGAAGAGGAGUUUGCAAAAGUCUAUAAACAAUUUUUUCCAUUUGGCGACCCAACCGAAUACUGUCACUACUUAUUCCAGGUGUUUGACUUGGAUAGCCUGAAAUACAUUGACUUUAAAGAGUUUAUAGUUGCAUUGAGCAUUGCGAGCCGAGGGAGUGAACAACAGAAAAUCAAGUGGAGUUUCCAAUUGUAUGAUUACAGAAAGACAGGACGGCUACGCUAUAGCGAUAUCUUACCGAUUGUUCGUGCAACAUACGCAAUGAUUGGUCCUAUGGUGUCCUUACCGGAUGAUGAAAAGACACCUGAGCUUCGAUCCGAAAAAUGGUUCAAAUUGCUUAAUAAGAAUAAGGAUACAGACGAAAUAACUUUGGCCGACUUUACAAAGUUGGCGAAGCUUGAUCCGGGUAUCAUGAACUCGUUAAAUACAUAUGAGGGUUUAGUAUAG